AUGAUUUUCGACAACCCCUACUUGUCGAACACCUGGCUUGUAGUGGCAUUGUCGGCUCUGCUGCUUGUUCUGAGCCGCUUUGCGUUACCGAGUGUCGACGAAAAUGAACCUCCGAUAAUCAAACCACGGGUGCCCUUCAUAGGACAUCUUAUUUCAAUGCUACACGACGGAAGCAACCUCUACGUGAAUGUCUUCAAAGAGCGCAGAGAGCCUAUCGCAACUCUCCCAAUUCUAAACGGCAAACUCUACGUCAUCAAUGCCCCAGACCUGAUCCAAUCGGCCUUGCGAAACAACGACAUAUCAUUCACCCCGUUCAUCCUUGAAUCCUCGAAAGCGAUGUGGGGUCUUAGCGAUAACGCGAUGGCUUCUAUCUCGGUUGAGGCAAAUCUCAAGGGAGGAAUGCAGAUCAUUCAUUCUACGCUGGGCGGGGAAAGUUUGCACAAGCUGAAUGUUAACUCGUUGUCGAGGUUCAUGACUUAUCUAAAUCGGAUCAAACCAGGAGAAUUGCACAGCGUGGAUGAUACGUAUAUCUGGCUUCGUGAUAUGCUCACUGAUGCAUCUGCCACGGCUGUGUUCGGGUGGAAGAAUCCUAUCACGGUAGAUAAGAUGCACUUGGUUUGGGAAUACGAUAAGCAAGCGAUGUUGGUAGCAGCUGGCCUACCAAGUUUCAUGACCAAGGCUGCUAUCAACGCAAGACUCAAAAUGAACGAUCUCCUACUCUCAUACUACAAAAGCGGAAGCGAGAACGAGAAAGGUGUUUCGGAAAUCAUCAAACAAAGAGUCCCAUAUCUUCGCGAAACAAACUUUACAGAUGAUGACCUAGCGCAUAUGGAACUGAUGAUUCUUUGGGUCGGAGUGACAAACACGGCGCCUGUGCUGUUCUGGCUGUUUGUGCACGUCCUCAGCAACCCUGAGUACAAACAUCGUGUUCGCGAAGAGAUCAAAGCGAUUACUAUUGUUACAGACACACCAGAAGGACGAAAAGCAACAUUUGAUACGAGGUUACUAGAGAAAUCCUGUCCGUUUUUGAACGCGUGUUAUCAAGAGACUCUGAGACAUUAUUCACAUUCCAUCGGCAACAGACGCGUCAUGCAAGAUACCGAGAUCCAAGAUACUCAAGGUCGAGCGUAUCUCCUCAAGCAAGGCGUCAACGUUCAAUGGCCACCACCAGUUACGCACUUUAACACCGAGAUCUGGGGUCAAGACGCCGAGAUUUUCAGACCCGAAAGAUUCAUGGACGUGACGGCGCAGGAUGAGAAGAAAAGAAGAGGUGCUUUACUGUCUUUCGGAGGUGGAAAGCAUCUUUGCCCUGGAAGGAAGUUUGCAUACACCGAGCUAUUGGGAUUGGUGGGUGUUGUCUCUUUGGGCUUUGAAGUUGAAGGGCUGAAGUUGCCAAUGUCCAAGUAUGCUGGGGUAGGUAUAGGUGGGAAGAUGCCGGAUUGGGGAAGCAUGGAUAAGGGAUUUGAGUUGAAGAGACGAGAGGGUUGGGAAGAUGUCACUUGGGUCUUUCACGAAAGUGAUUGA